CGUCAAAAGUUGUUUAUUUACAUUUUUUCGCGAACAAGGAAAAAUCGGUGACUAAUCGUUAUUUAUCGGCAAAUCAGUCUUCUUGUAACUAUUUUCAAUCAUUUCAACUAAAAAUGCACGGACGUUUGAAAGUGCGUACCAGUGCUGAGGAAGCACUUCGCAAGAAGAAGGAACGUGAAGUUAAGGCCCAGGCUUUCCGUGCCGGAAUGGGGCGGAUUCUGCAGAAAAAGCAGGCCCUGGAGCUGGACCAGGAAAUGAUGGAUCUGACCGGGAAGAUUCUUGGCGCCAAUCCGGACAUUGCCACCCUGUGGAACCUCCGGCGGAUGUGCAUCGAGCAGUUUGUGCAGGAUGAGAAGGAUCAAGCUCUAUUCGACAAGGACCUGGGCUUCACGGAACUCUGCCUCCAGGUCAACCCAAAGUCCUACUGUGCCUGGCAUCAUCGCUGUUGGAUUUUGGAAAACGCUCCAGAACCAAACUGGAAACGGGAAGUCGACCUCUGUGGACAUUACCUAAAGUUGGAUGAAAGAAAUUUUCACUGCUGGGACUAUCGACGAUACGUAGCAGAGAAGGCACAGAUUGCUCCCAAAGAUGAGCUGGACUUUUGCACCGACAAAAUUCAGAACAACUUUUCAAACUACUCGUCGUGGCACUACCGGAGCAAGCUGUUGCCUAUUUUGUUCCCAAACCAAGACGACCCCUCGCGGCCAAUUAGCGAGGCAAAAUUAAAGGAAGAGUUGGAACUGGUUCUGACUGCAGCUUUCACAGAUCCCAACGAUAGCAGUGCUUGGUUCUAUCAGCGCUGGCUACUGGGGAAUUCCCAACCUCCGCUGGACAUUGUAGCAUUCCGGAUGGACCUACAACGACAAUUGGCUGUGAUAACGUUUAGCCGACCAGUUAAUUUGAAUCAUGAAAAUGUGAAGCUUGCUGCCUCCUUCAGCAAAGAUAUUAGUGAGGUUGCUGUGUGGAAGGCUCCACUAGAAAAGUCAUACAGUCUUACCUGGAUUUUAAACAAAUUUAGUGCUGAAAAAUCCUCACAAGAUUCAUUGACAAUUACUUUUACUGAUGAAGAUAGCACUGUCCAUACCAUUCAAGUUAAGCAAAUUGACGAUAGCACAAUAUUUGGAAUCAAACAACCUAAAUUUGACUACGAAUUCGGUUCAGCAGUGGUAACCGUAUUGAAAACUCAGCUGGAAUCCUGUGAACAACUGCUCGAAUUCGAACCGGACAGCAAAUGGACACUUCUAACGGCAGCUAUGUUGAUGAAAGCCAUCGACCGUGUUCAGUUUUAUCCUCAAAUGAUUUCCAACUUGGAAAAGUUGCAAACCGUUGAUCCGCUGAGAAAAGGCUACUACUCGGAUAUCCUUCAGAAAUGGUCGAUCGAAAAUCGUUUGGUUGAAUGGACGGCUCGGUUGCAGGAUCAACCGAACGCUGCAUUGGAUCUCUCAGGACUGGGCCUGACUCACCUGGCCUUCGAGCAAUAUUUAGCCAUUGCCGACGAAUUAGACUUGAGUGGGAACGCACUGACUGAAACUAGCUUAAUAAAGUUCAAGAAUUUUGUAUUUUGUCGCAAAUUGUCCAUGUUGGACAAUAGUCAAGCCUUAGCUAAUGACACAGAAGCAGCGAUACGAAAGUUUUGUAAAAGCUUAAGUGAGUUACAAUACGGACCGUAAUAGUUUAUGUAGAAUUGAGACGCACUGCCGAAAGACUCAACAAGCCAUUUAUUUGUUGUAUUUUUUCCUAAAUGGGUCAUAAGUCGUAAGAGAUAAAGUCACUAACGAAGACAAAAUAGAUAGCUUUUUGGUGUAUUUGUUACUAGUUCCGCAUUAAGCCAUAUCUACUGAACAGUUUGCAGAGAGUAGCACGAUCAGAAAUAUUACAUUCGAUCGAUUCCAGAUAAUCUAAGAAAAUUUUUUUACUUCAUUUUUUUUAGUUUAAGUGGUUGCAGCAUAUCAUUAUAAUUAGCCGUUGAUUAAAUAAAUAACAAAAUCAUA